AGCAGUCCAUGGCGAUUCAUGAUUUCGUAAGGAAUUGUCUAUCUGGAUCUGUUCGCGAUUCACGCGAGUUUGACAACCAGCUGCGACUCGUAACAUAUCACAAUGAAGAAGUUAUCAGUUCAUUGAAACGUCGUGGACUGACCAAAAAUGUCAGAGUCUACAGACAAUCAAGUCGAACAGUGCGACAUAGUCCUUCCAAGACAAGGUCUAUUAUAUCAGGAGGAUACGUUGGAUUAUAUACUCUGUAAACCAAAAUUGAUUCCAUUAAAAUCGGUCACGUUAGAGAAACUUGAAAAAAUGCAAAGGGAUGCAGAAAUCAAAGUCAGAGAAGCACAAGAGGCAGAAACCAGUUCUGAUAUAAAUGCAUAAGUAUUCAGUGAUAAGUUAAA